GUUUAUGUUACAGGAAACUUAAGAAAAAGGUGGUGGUCUAUAUUGAAUUAAAUAGACUUAAUUUUAUUGGUGUAAUAAUACGAUUUGAAGGUAGCCUUUUAAAAGUCGUAUUCAUUAUUUCACAUUGUAACUCACAUGGGAUUAUGUAAAAUAGGCGCACACAACAUGCAACACUUUUAUUCCUGCAGUAAAAGUGUGCAGGGAUUCAAGAAAGUAGGAAAACUAGUAUAGAAAUUACACACAAAGCCAUUCCUUAAACAAUAAGAUUAUUUUGGAAUAAUUCUAGUGAUUGAAAACAAUCACAUGCAGUGUGUUUUAUAGAGAAAGCAUUUCAUAUUCUUAAUAAUACUGAAGGAGUCUCGUUCCUCAGCCUUCCUGCACGGGGGUCCAUGUGGAUGAGUAAUAUUAAGAUGGGGUCCUGUGCGUCUUAUCCGGUAGCCCAUAAUUCCUAGCAGCAUCCCUUUUGGUCGGUAGGCGUUAACAGACAUCUUCCCAUUGGAGGUUUAGCGCGUCACGAUGAGGGCGGACAGUGGUGUGGUCCACACAGCCUGUGUCAGGGGAGGCUGAGGGUUCCGCCUAAAAGCGUGCCGAGUUAUUGGAUGCGUGUUGUUGCUAGGGGCGUGGGUUGUGCCGUGAUAUUUUCUAAUUUUCCCAAACCUGAAGAUGAGAUGACAUGUAGGAAGACAACAGUAGGCCUUAUCAGCUGGACGAGAGUUGCGCUGAGAGCUGCCUGCUUCAACCAACCUGAGUGUGCCGCAGUGGGCAUAAUCUGAUAAACGCUUGUAUCCGUCCUGCACGCCGCUCCGGGUACAACACUAUGGAGAGAAAUAACGUGCCGAUAGUUAACGGAACAAUGCAGAGACGCUGAGGUCACACUUCUCGGAACUUAUUCAGAUUUUCGCCUGCUACUUAUUUGCAUCAGCCGAGCCCGGGUCGGUGAGUCUUUACAGAGGAUGACAGCUGCGCACUUGGUCGUCCCGUGACGCGUCUUUGGAGGGAUUAGUGAGUACAGCCUAAACAUCCUGGCCUGUCCACCGUAGGCCACUCAUCUAUCUGCGGAACAAAUCACAUUUUUAUAGUAUGCGCUGGAGCGGGGACCUUAUGCGAUGUGGAGGAAACUGUUUUCGUGAGCUCAUAGGUUGAACUGGCAAUGACAUCAGGCUUAACUUGAAUAGCUCUCUGUGCUGUAUUGCAGCAAGGUGGGCCGGGGCGUGAGGUGGCAAGGAGCAAUGCACGCAUCCCCCGAGCUGGACAUGUUGUCGGGAUGCUCUGUGUCCUAAACAAAUUCAAGGCAUAAGGCCAUACAUCCUGAACUGGCGAACUGCGUCACUGCAUGCGAGUGUUGCAGGUAGGCAGCAAACUCUCCCACCGCCGGGAAAGGAGCGUGCUCAUCAUCCUCCCUACACAAUGUCGCCGGUAAGUGUUUAACAAGUUACCGGGGAUGGAUUCGGCGGACGAUUCAAGAAAAGAUCCGCCACUGGGAUCCACAUUUUCCUCGGCACCCAAUUUAGACUCGGACAUUAAUGCAAAUGCCCGUAGGCCUAUUUAUGAGAAUGGGACAGACCACAAUGUCAACAUCCAAAACGGAGCCACGCGAGGAGCGAGUGACCCUAGCGCGUACCCGUCCACAGACUACCAGGGGCUGAUCCGCCAGAGGUUCAUCCGGCGGAGCUUGUGGGUGUCAGACUCCGAGGAGCAGCCAGUGGACACGCCGGAGUGUGUCAACAGCAGCCCGGUGCUCAACAUUGACCUGCGGACCAUCGUUGAUCGGAGUCGGACUCGGGUUCUGCAGGGAACCCGGCUGGGCCUCCAGGAGACUUCAAGCGCGGAGAGCCAGGUGGGGCUGAAGGACACCGCCACAGAGAGCGCGAGCGCCGAUGAGGAGAAGGGAGACAGGAGCGAGACCGAGCCGAAGGCAGAGGUUGUGCCCUCGGAUGUCACAGGUAAAGCAGGAAGUGACGAGAACGAAGAGGAGCCCGGGAUGAAGGCUGUGUCCACUUCACCUGGGGGGCGCUUCCUCAAGUUUGACAUUGAGCUGGGGAGAGGUUCCUUCAAGACCGUCUAUAAAGGUCUUGACACCGACACCUGGGUCGAAGUGGCAUGGUGUGAACUCCAGGAGCGGAAACUGUCCAAAGCAGAGAGACAGAGGUUCAAAGAGGAGGCAGAGAUGUUGAAGGCUCUCCAGCACCCCAACAUUGUGCGAUUUUAUGACUUCUGGGAAUCACCGGUUAAAGGGAAGAAGUGUAUCGUUCUGGUGACAGAGCUAAUGACCUCAGGGACACUAAAAACGUAUCUGAAGCGUUUUAAGGUGAUGAAGCCUAAAGUUCUUAGGAGCUGGUGCAGACAGAUUCUUAAAGGCCUCCACUUCCUUCACACAAGGACUCCUCCAAUCAUCCACAGAGAUCUCAAGUGUGACAACAUCUUCAUCACUGGUCCUACGGGCUCUGUCAAAAUAGGAGACCUGGGCCUGGCAACACUGAAGAGGGCCUCCUUUGCUAAAAGUGUUAUUGGCACUCCUGAGUUCAUGGCCCCAGAGAUGUAUGAGGAGCACUAUGAUGAGGCUGUGGAUGUUUACGCCUUUGGGAUGUGUAUGUUGGAGAUGGCCACCUCAGAAUACCCCUACUCUGAGUGUCAAAAUGCUGCUCAGAUCUACCGCAAAGUCACCAGUGGGGUGAAACCUGCAAGCUACGGUAAAGUCAGUGACCCAGAAAUUAAGGAAAUAAUCGGGGAAUGUAUCUGUCACAGAUGGGAAGAAAGGUACUCCAUCAAGGACCUCCUGAACCAUGCAUUCUUUGCGGAGGAUACAGGCGUGAGGGUGGAGCUCAAUGAAGAGGAUGAUGGGAAGAAAUCAUCCAUUGCUCUGAAGCUGUGGGUUGAAGAUACUAAAAAGCUGAAGGGGAAGUACAAGGAUACUGGUGCCAUUGAGUUUACCUUUGACUUGGUGAGCGAGGUCCCAGAGGUCGUUGCCCAAGAAAUGGUGGAAUCAGGUUUUUUCCUGGACUGUGAUGUGAAGGUAGUUGGGAAGUCCAUCCGAGACCGUGUGGCUCUCAUCAAAUGGAGGAGGGAGCGGACUGUCUCGCCAGGAAAUGGCGAGGCAGCAGUGAAGAAGACGCAGAACCUACUGCAGGUGCCAGGUACUGGUGUACCACAUGCAGCCACAUUAGCUACGACAGAUUAUGAGGAACAAGAGGUGGAACAGCAGACCCUGAUCUGCACCGUGCCAGCCACCACGUCUACCACAGCUGACAGUGGAGUGAGCUCUACCAUGCAAUUAGAUGAUCUAAACAAUCAGCAAAAUGGCCUCUACCAGUCGCUUCCAGAGCCCAUUUCCACAGCUCAGAUGAUCUACAGUCCUCCUGCACAGGCUGACCCUCAACUGCACCAGGGGCCCUACCAGCAACCCACAGCACAGGCCUCACAUGAAAAUUACACACAAGCAUCCACUCAAUUACAACAGGGAGCCUAUCAGCAAACCACAGGUCAGCUGCAUCCUGGGGCCUAUCAACAACCUGCAGCACAACUGCACCAGGGGCCUUAUCAGUCUCAAACACGUCACAACAGUGAUCCCUUUGUAUGCCAUGACAACCUUCUCAUCACUGAGAGCACAGUGUGUUUUAGGCGUGGAAGCGCAUCCCUGGUUGAGAUGUUACGGUGUAGGACACACGCUCUCACUAAGACAAUGAAUCCAAGCCCCUGUCUGUGUCCGUCACAGGAUCUGGCUUCAAUAAAUAGCACAGAGAACUCAGUGCAUGCCACAGACUACCUAUCCUCAAACUCUGCCCAUAAUCCAUCAUUAUUAUCUCCUCUCUUGCCCCCACAUCAAAACUCUCAUCAUGACUCAGCGAGUCAUUUUAAUUCACCUCUCCUUCCCCUGAAUUUACAACCUCCCUCAGAGCACCGUCUGAGUGUCCCACGCAGCCCACAGCCCCGCCACUGCAAGGCUUGCAUGUCUCUACUCCUGAGGGAUAGGACAAAGCGAGACGGAUCUUUGGGACACACACGUAUACACUCUUUCUCCACAUCCGCCCAGUUUACUUCAGUCUCUAAGCCAGGCUCACCCACAUCUCCUCAUCUGGCAAGGUCUCCUCCAGUCACUCCACCUCCUCCUUUGGCCUCACCCUCUCCCCCAUCAUCAAACAGUCAACCAACUCUGGUGACUUCACCUUCACAUCUUUUCCCACCUUCACAAGUUGUGCUCCCACAGAGUUUGUAUGAAGGUGGAGAUCUCACUCUUCUCAACCACUGUCUCCACCACAUCAUCAGUCGCAGGACCAGUUCCCCCACCCUCUCUGUUAAUCAUCCAAUGCACAGCCACGGGGAGGUUGGGGGUACUACCUCCUCAGUAGUUGAGCAUAUAGACAAGAGGCAGAGCCUGGAUUUCCUGCUCUUCUCUAGCCCAAAUCUGGACAGGAAUCUGCUGUUAUCACCACAUGACAGUGAAGGCAGACCAGAUCCACUGACCGUUUCUGCUCCAGCUACGCCGGCCCCUAUUGUGCACCAGAGUAGACAGACAGCACAGAGCUUCCCAGCUGCAGCUCCGACUCCACAGCCGCAGCUUACUGCCCAACCCAGCCAGGAGCAGUGCCAUCUCCAACCAGCUGCUGUCCCGCCCCAGCUGUUAUCUGCUGACCAGCCUACAUCUCACCUGAGUCCUCCUGACAUAUCUACCAGUUUUCCACAGUCAGUCUCCAGUGCUCCUCCCCCACUCCUGCCCCCACAGGUCAGCACACAGUUUCCCUCACCAUAUCCUGUUGUUCAAACAGGGGGCCUCAAGCCCCCUCCCUUCCCCCCAGGUCCUCUGCCAUGUGCCUACAGCAGCAGUGGCCCUCCUAUGUUUAGCUCCCACUACUCACCUUCAGCCCACCAUCCCUCCCUUCCUCUGAUCCCUCAUGCUGCCUUGCCCUCUAUACCUACUCUCGGCACCCCUCAGACCCCUCUGUCCACACCUCAGUACGUGCCCCAUGUAGCACUCCCUAUUCCACUUUUUGCCAUGGCCAUGUCCCCUGCAGUGCCCCACCAACAGGGUGGCCCUCCCACAUCUCAGACAAACCUUGGUAGCUUCCAUACCACCCAUCCCUUACCUCUCUCCCAGGUACAACCCACCCCAUACCCUGCCCCCCACCCUGAGCAGGAACUGGCUGAGCAGCCUGUCCAGGUACAGAGGAUUGCACCACAGGGGAAUUUGGGAGAUGUUCACCUUUUGGCUUCGGUCCACCCUGAAUUGCCUGCUGUUCAGGCUCCUCUCUGGGGAAGCGGUGUCGAUGCAGAAACUACUGCAGCUGGUCUAGACUUAACUAUAGCCCCUACAGUUCCAGCUCCAGUCUCAGUCUCAGUCUCAGUUACAGCCCAAGUUGAAACUCAAGCCCCAGCACAAAACCAACCACCAGUCCCAUUAUCAGCCAUGCCUCAAACUCAAGCUUCAACCCUUGUUAAAGCUCCAACUUCCGUCCCAAUACAAGUUCCAUCAGCAGUGCAAGCUCCAGCCUCAGCCCCAGUUCAAACACCAGUCUCUGCAUCUGGUCCCACUUUUGAAUCACCAAAAAGUUCAGACACAUCUUUUCCAAUUGCUAAACCCAAACUCUCAGUCCCAGGUUUAGCUUCGGCCCCAGUCCCUGGCAUGCUGCCAGCCCCAGUUCAAUCUGCAGCCCCUGGUCAUGCUCCAGCUCCUGUCGCAACUUCAGUUCCAGCUCCAGUUCUGCAGCCUGCUGGCAUCCAGACAGCAGUCUCAGUGUCUGAGUGUACCAGCCAGGCCACAACUCAGCAAAACCUCGAGUUGACAUCUGCAUCUAGCACCCUUCAAGAAGAGCCCUGUGUAGAGGAUGGGCUUCAGGAAAAGCCUGUGUCUUUACCCAGUUAUGCCUAUGACAGUCUCAACUCUGAUGUGGCAUCUGGUAAGGAAACAAGUGAUGGCUAUGACAGCUUGGCUAGUGGAGGGAAAGGGGACGGAAAACCCAGGAAACACCACCGCAAGUCUGCCCGCACACGUUCCCGGCAAGAAAAGACCAGCAAACCCAAACUGAGCAUGCUCAAUGUUUGCAACACUGGUGAUAAAAUGGUUGAAUGCCAGCUGGAGACUCACAACCACAAAAUGGUGACAUUUAAAUUUGAUCUGGAUGGAGAUGCUCCAGAGGAAAUUGCCACUUACAUGGUAGAGAAUGGCUUUAUCCUGCUAUUAGAGAAGGAGAUCUUCAUUGACCAGCUAAAGGAUAUUGUGGACAAAGCUGAAGACAUGCUGAAUGAAGACAUGGAGGGUGAAAGGGCCUCAACUUUGAGUUGUAGUCCUCAACAAGGCCAGAUUUCUGAAGGGCUGGUAGGAGAGAGUCAGCAGCCUGGAGCACCUCAGGCUGUCUAUCAGCAGAAUGUUCUUCACACAGGAAAGAGAUGGUUCAUAAUCUGCCCUGUCGAGGAGACGCCCACAUCCAGCCAGGAGACCCCAUCUGAUUGUACAACUACGCAGUCUCCUGGGAGCUCAGCCACUAUCCAGCCUACUGACAGUGGCACUGCAAGGCCGUCUGCAUCCAGAGAAGAGGGAUCGUCCUCCACAAUGUCUGGUGGAAGUGGAGGCUUCACCUAUGAUGUGUAUGGAUUCUGUAGCCCUCCCAUAAUGUCCAACACAGACCCUCUCCUCUUAGCUACUCUGUCUCCCCCUGUGUCUGCUCCCCCGACCCUUCAGUCAGUGUCAUCAAUGGAGCCUGCGAGCAGCUCGGUGCAACCCAGUGUUCAUCAGGCCCAGCCAGCCAGAGCUCAAACUUUGCCCCCGUCAUCCCCACAUACAUCUUUCCCAGUUGAUGAGUCACAGGGAUCCCCUUUGGGCUCCAUCUCCCCAAUCCAUGCAGCUCAGCAGAUGCCCGACAUGACAUGUGCUGUUUCUAUGGCUGACGAGGUGCCCUGCUGCCCUCUGGUCAUGCCCCUGUCUCUGGAUGUGAGCGGUUUGCAGAGUGGGUCCCCUCUCACUCCUCUUCCACUCCAGGAGCCGGGUUUAGCCAAAGAGCCGCUGUCUGUCUCCUACACCUCUGCAGCGCGGAACGAGCGGCCACAGCAGCCUGUGGUGCUCCACCAGCCUUUUUCCAGCGUGGGAGGGACCAAAGUGCCCUCACUACCCCAGAGCCCAGCGCCAUCCCAGCAUGGUGCAGGGCCUGGUGAGUCAGAUGGCGAAGGACGACUGGGGCGCGGGGGCUUUGUGGACAGCACCAUAAAAACACUGGAUGAGAAACUUAGGAACUUGCUCUACCAAGAAUAUGCUCCCAUGUAUCCAUCAGGCAGUGCUGCAGAGACACCAGGCUCCGGCACCGAGUACAUCCAGUCUCCUCCUGGUCCAGACAGCGCCACAGGAGGGUCAGGAAACAGCACGCCAGGGCCGAUGGGCGAGGGACGCUACAGGGCAGGAGAACAGCUGCCUCAAAUUCCAGAGAGAAUGGAUAGUUUGAGCACACUGAGUGACUCAGCCGUGUGUGCUUCCCUGUCAAGAAGACACGUCCCUCACUCUGCUUCCUGCUCUGGAACAAGAGGCCGAUUUAAGAUAAUCUCUGUUCCUCCUGAAGUGGCCAACAGACGCGAUGUGAAGCAAAGGAGCUGGAGCAGCGCUGCCUCACCGGCACACCCUGUAGGAUACAGUGGGGACCACGUUCAGGCUGAGGCCAUGACUGCCUCCACCACAAUUGGUCGUUUCUCUGUGGUUAGCACUGAAGAUGACAUUACACAGAGGACACGUUGCAGCCGCUAUUCUGCCCCGCCUGAUUUCUACCUGGACACACCUCCUUCCAUGGCCAAGCGGGGCUCCCUGCCUCGCACCCUGACCUCACCCUCUGUCCCUGUGGAUGUCACGGUCCAUGCUCGUUUCCUCUCCUCGGACUCGGGGGCUGAGAGCAGCCCUGCAAAGCUGGCUCCUGCCACCCCGUCUCAACAUACUCGCUCCGAGCGCCGUGGAAGUGACCUCAUGAAGAGGGCAGUGGCCUUCCUCCGUCGUUCAGGGCGCAGCAGCAGUGUGCAGAGCUCUGACUCACCAAGUAGGCAUGGAGGCGUGCAUGGCUCGGCCUAUGCCAGCAGUGAUAAUGACUCAGAGAUGGAGGACUCGGACAUGAAGAAGGAAUUACAGAGACUCAGGGAGAAACAUCUGAGGGAGAUCUCUGAGCUGCAGGCAAAUCAGCGGGGAGAAGUGGAGCUGCUGUAUCUCCGGCUUGGCAAAGCCCCUCCUCCUGGCCUGGGUCUCUCACAUGUUGCACCACAUGCCGGCCGUAGAAAGAGGUCCGGCAAGCACAGACUGAAGCCUGGCAAACUUCUAAGCCCUCUGGUUCAACAAUUUAGAAAUGUCACAAGCAAAUCUAGUGACUCCAGCAGAUCCAGUGCUGCUACAGGUACAGGUGAGCCCACAGUGAGUUUAAAUGGCUCUCCAGCCAAAGGGUCUUUCCCCACUCAUGGCAGGGCACGCUCAUGCACCAGCCACCUUCCCAGCUCAACCUCAGAGCCCGUGCAGACUCAGCAGCCCUGUUCCCUCAAGGGCUCUUUGUCUUCUGAUAAUAUUUAUGCUGGACUACAUGGAGACGGCACCGGCAUACAAGCUCCACCCGGACAAGGCUGGGCUAAUUACCCUCAAACAUCUGAGAGAGUGACCUAUAAAUCGAGUAGCAAGCCACGAGCUAGAUUUCUCAGUGGGCCUGUGUCUUUGUCUAUCUGGUCAACACUGAAGCGACUGUGUCUCGGCAAAGAGCGUGGCAGCAGGUCUGGAGCCGGAUCAGGGGCUUUCAAUCAAUCCCAGCAGCCGUCUACCGGUGCUACACCUCCUUCUCAUCAGCCAGUGAUGGGACUGGCCCAAGCUCAGGCCAAUAACAGCAACAACAAGACAGGCACAUACAAUGGCACUUCCAUGAGUGCCAAUGAAAACACCCUGCCUGAAGACUUGCAAUGGCUGAUGGACGACUGGGCCCAGGAGGUUCUUAUUGUGACGCACAGGCCACACACUAACUCUCUGAGCAUCAGCGGGCAGCAGCUUUGGGAUCAGGUUGUGCCUCGAACACAUGGACAACUGGCCAGUGCUUCAGAUGUAUCAUCAUGGACAACCCCAGGUCCAGAGGUUUGCAGUCUUCCUCUGUCAUGGCCGGACAGCCCUGGGACAACAAUGACGACCAGCCCCUCCACAGGGCCCCGUCCCAGUUAUCAGCUACACUCUCCUGCUCCAUUCAGGGCCUUGUCCUCACCUCUCUCUUUUAGUCAGUGGCCUGGGUUUCUCUUCCCCCUUCCUUCAGGAGUCUUUGCCUUUCCUGCUUUGCCCUCAGCCCAGGAUGCCCCCGGCCCCAUUGCAGCUCCAUCAUAUCAGCCGCCAGACCCCAAAGCCAGGACUCUCUAAUUUGAGUAGCAUUGUGUCUUCCAAUUCUGUUACCAAAAAGAAAUCGCAUUAUAGGUCUAGUCAAUCAUAUGUGCAUAUACUGUAUAUAUUUAACCAGCAUGUAUUUAACCAUAUGUAAAUACUCGUCUCCAUUUUUGAGUUAUUUGUUUCAUUUGCAUCAACAUACCUCAUGUCCAUAUUACAGUACAUAAUCCUUGAGUGCAGUGUAAUAGUGGUAGUAGUACAUUAAAGGUUGUAUUAAUUAGCCCAAUCAGGCUUAAAAGUACAGACUUUUGUCAUUGCUUAUGUAUGUACCUUACCACUCAUUGAAUGUACAUAAUGUACUGUUAAUUCAUGCUGUGUUUAUAUAAAUAGUUCAUGUUUGUGUUGCUUAUAUCACCUCUAUAUAUAAGCUGCCGUGUGUAUAUAUGAAUUCUUCUUAGUCUGUACAUAGCUCCUGUGUUUGUACAGUUAACAUUAGAUAAUCCAUAGUUCGGUGCUGCAGAUAUGUGUCUUAAUGCAACACCUUAGUAGCCACCAUCAUGCCGUCACUGUGAAGACUUGACAUCCUGGUCACUAGGACCGGUUGCUUUACUCUGCUCUCUCAGUCCAAGGAUAGGUUUCAUUCUUCAUUGAAGAAAUGCUUCCAGCACAAGCGCUUGAAAUAUCCUUAAGAGAUUUGAAUGAACUUGAACUUUAUCUUCAGGUGAGCAAAACACCUGUGAGAGUGCCUUGAAUUGCAGUUUCAAUUUAAUGAAGAUAAGCAUUUAGAUUCAAAGCAGACACUAGAUAUUCUAUAUAUGCUUUCACCUUCAAAGGUAAAUUAUGUGAUUUGAAUAAUGAAUGUGGAUUGAAACAUAUUUAAUUUAGCAACAAAACAUAAUUAAACACUAUAAUCUGGUUCAUAAGAUAUCACAGAUUGUAAAGAAAUCUUGUUCACUGAAGUCAUUUCCUUGUGGGAUUACUCUACCACCUGCACCACCGCCUGCAUGAAUACACUGAUAUUCUGAAUGUGCACAGGUUGAUGUGGUGAGUUACAGGAGGAUAUUGUUAAAGGAAACUGGCAUUGAAACCAUAUGACAAGGAGGGCUGAAGGACUCAACAUACGAGUCAAAUUCAUAAUCAUACCAUACCUCUACUAAUGCAAUCUGUAGCUUUACAUAUUGUUGCCUUUGUGGUUUUUAAGAGAUUACUGUGUGGUUGGUUGUUGUUUGAUAAGUGUUGAUGAAAUGACGAUGUUAGAGGCACAUGAAGAAUGUGAAUUAUUGAGAAGCCACAACUGUUUGACAUGUUAUUUGUACAAUGCAUAGGUUUUCUAAAUUAUGUUUAUUAGAAGCUGGCCUCACAAUUUUCAUCUGGCUCAUACAGCAAAUUGUAUGUAUUAUGGCUGACUUAAUUCAAAGAUCUCCAAGAAAAAUUCCUCUAUCACGGUUUCAGUUAUUUCAAUUGUAUGGCCUCAAAAAUAACACUUUGGCUUUCAAUACUUACUUCUCUUUUAUAACUUAUAUAAUUCCCUCUGAAGAAUAGUUUGUUGAAUCACUGUAUUUAUGUAUUCUGCAAAAAGAAAGCAGUGGCAAAAGUAGCCAAGACGUCGGAUCUGCAUGAGUGAGACAGUUAUUCAUAACUGAGAGAACUAUUAUAGACAAAUUACAAAUUACAGUUUGUGCUGACUGAUCUCAACAUAGCAGUUAUUUUGAUCUCUUUGUGGUCCUUCUGUUUCCCAACUGAUAGCUCUUUCAAUUGUAACAUGCUUUUUUCAGUUAAAAGGGUUAAUCCAGUGAUUUAGAAUUGCACGUCCAUACAGUUUGGGGACUCACGAGACAGAUUUAAAAUGGUCAAAAUUAUGUAUCAGUGGCCGAGAUAUCCUGACUUUUAGUCCUGAGUAUGGGUCAAGCUUCAGAAACACUGGAACCUACAUUUCCCAUAAUGCAACUCAAUAGCAUCUUUGAUGUCUUCAGGAAUAUUUUUCAAAUUUUGGAAAGCUCUUUCCAGGGCAUCAUAGAAGACAUUUUACAACACUUUUCACAGGCUAAGUACUCCUUGUGAUGAGUAAAUAGACCUUUAUGUGUAAAAUGAGUGGAGUGCCCCUUUAAAAUCCUUCCAUGUUUGCACAGUGUGACUAUAUUUUUAUUUAAACUGAAUAUUUGUCUUUAAGGCAGAAUUUCUUCCAAGAUGACAUUUUUAUGUUUCUUGAGAACAUCUCCUAUGCAGUUCUUUUCUUUGUGCUUUACACAAUAGCUCCUGUCUUUGAUCUCUUUAAUGUUUGCAAUGAAAGCUAGGUGUAUGAUUGCUUUUUCCUGCUGUAUCACCUGUUUUCCCCACCAAUUCCUGACCUCGUCAGACCGGUACUCUUUCACAAAAGCUGUACAUACUUGAAGACAGAAAUAAUAAAUUCAUUUUUGCUUGACACCAUA